CAGUGGAGGGAAAAUCUAAAAUCCCCACAAAUUUCAACGUCAAUGGCGAGAAGACGACUAAGACUGCACCGCUCCUCCGAUGAAGAAGACGAAGAACCACCACCACCACAACAACAACUAGAAAAUGAACCUCCACAUGAAAGCUCCGCCGUCACUAACCAGUCCGUGACUGUAUCUCCUCCUAACCCUAACCCCGACCAACCACUUCAAAUCUCCGACGACGAUUUCGUCGAUGUCGAUGAAAGUUUCACUCCUCCUUCUCCUCCUCCUCUGGCGGAGGAAAUGGCUGCACCGGUUACAUCAGUUCAAAGCUCUGGCUCUCCGAUUGGGGACUUUCUUUUAAGAAUGGGACUCAAAUUGAGGAGAGAAUGGCUGGAUUCUUGCGUUCAAGGACUAGAGAGCUCGGUCCCUAGGUUUUCGACUCUCGAUGCUUCUGCAAAAUCGAAGCUUUGCUUUCAACAAUUCUUGUUUUCUGAUAUGAAUUAUUCCGGCGGCGGUAUUCUUCCGUCAAAUGUUGAUUCAAUGCACCUUGUUGAUCUCAAAGGACCCUUUGUCUUGCAGGUUGAUGAAAUUGUAAAUAUCAGUUGUCCGCUCAAAGGAAGGUAUCAGGAGACACCUUCUGGGAUCAAGAGGUGCCUUAAGUUAUCCAUGACAGAUGGUGUUCAACGUGUGUUUGGCAUGGAAUACAGGCCUAUUAAAGAUCUUCAAGUUUUGGCUCCUGCUGGAUUAAAGGUUGCUAUCUGUAAUGUACAUAUACGACAUGGGCUUCUUGUGCUGGUCCCUGAAAGUUUACAAAUUCUAGGGGGAGUGGUUGAGGACUUAGAAGCAGCACGACAGCGUCUUGUUACUGAAGUAAACAAGCCACCUAGGGGUAAAAGAACAAAGUCAGGAGUGGUUCCUCCUUUAGCAACUAGAGCAACUCUUGCUGCAUGGCCACCAAAUGGUGUUAAUGCUGUUGAGCCAACUAACAAUUUAAUAUCUCAAAAUUCAGCUCCUCUUCGGGCAGAUGAAAGAGGUGCUACUUUGGUUUCAUCUAGCACUGUUACUCUAAGAACUACAGAGAAUCCUACUGCUCAUAUGGGUGGGGCGAAUGCUGUGCCUAAUUCUUCAUCUGAUGUUGCUUUGGAUGUUGAGAGGAUGCAUAUUGAUAGUGUUCCCAUUAGCAGAGAAAAUGCUACAUCAAACUCGAAUUCAAGUAUUGUUCCAGAUGAUGAGCUCGUCCAUAUCGUUGAUGUGGUUGAACAUCCUCUCAUACUGUCUGGAGACCGAGAAGUACCCUUUACAUACUUGGCUAGUUUGUCAGCCAAGUGGGCUGCCAUUAAAGAUAAAGCUACACAAGUACAGGGAAAAAUUAAGUGCUUUUUGACUGGUGUCAAGGGAUUCCGGUAUAAGCAAAGGACAACUUACGAGCUGCUGUGUUAUGUUGAUGAUGGCAGUCUUAUCUCCGAGAUCCUCAUUGAUCACAAUGUUGUGCAGAAAGGAAUAGGUCAUUCUCCCCAGGAGGUCACUUCUGCUCUUUCUUCUUCAGACAAACAAAAAGUUAGUGGUAUGAAGGAGAUUAUGAGGCAGUUUCAGGCAUUUUUAGCACAUUUUGAGGGAAUGAUGCUUGUAGAAAUAAACAAAACAUCAUCUCUUCCAAUUGCCAAGGAGAUGACCCAAGGCUGUUCUGCAUCUGAUGCACGGUUGCUUCUUAGAAGAUUGAAGCCUCCUCCUCGAACACCAGAGCACCGGUCAUCGGAUCCCAUUGAGAUAUCCCCUUAAUUGCCUGCAUGUUACAACUACAACUGGUUUUCGAAUUUCGUAUUGGAAUCCAUGAUCCUUUGUUUUGCAUAAAAAUCAAGGAUCCAUGGAGCUUCACUUCAUUGCAACAGCAAGGCAUGUAUUUACAUGGAUCCAUUGACAAAUUUUGAGAAGAAAACUGGUUAGAAGAGCAAUGACAGCUACAAAUUGAUUUCAAAUGUAUAGUUUGUAUGAUUUAACUAAUGGAAAAACAGAAACUUCUAUUUAAA